GCCUGUGAUUGGACAAGCUAAAAGGACGUUGCGUGGCUACGGCGGAAGUACAGUAGAAUGGAUCAUUUCGCAUUUGAUUGUUGCUAAUUUUGCAAAAAGUUUAUUAUUACAUUGUGUUUGCACGUUUGCGAAACAUGGCUUGUUUCUUCAGAAGUAGAAUUGCAGCAAAGCUGGGUCGGACUCUGCAGCAGUCGGAGGAUGCCUUCAUACCAGCUCUGUCAGCAAUUCCAGUUUUUAAGAAACAGCAGACUGCUGACUUCAAACUGUCAAUCAGCACAUUACGGAUCAGUGGGAUUUUACCAUCCAGUGGUGACAUUCAGCUGCAGACAGAAGACCUGGCCACUCGGUUGAAGCAGGACAGUGUGGUGGAGGACAUAUCUGCUGGAUGUGGAGUGAUCAACUUUAAAGUGAAUCGCAAGCUUCUUGUCCAGAAAAUGUUGGAGCCAUUUGGAAAAGAGGAGGAUGUGAAAUUUGGGUUAACUAGUGAACUUUUCAAUACUCUCAAGAGAGGAACAACGCUAGUUGAAUAUAGCUCUCCAAAUAUUGCCAAAAAAUUCCACGCUGGACACUUAAGAUCGACAAUUAUUGGUAACUUCAUUGCUAACUUAAAGCAGUCCCUUGGAAACAAUGUCAUUCGCAUGAAUUACCUCGGUGACUGGGGUAUGCAGUUCGGUUUGUUGGGAGCGGGGUUUGGUCAAUUUGGAUGCCAGGAGAAACUAAAACAGAAUCCCUUACAGCAUUUGUUUGAGGUUUAUGUUCAAGUGAACAAGGAAGCAGAGCACAAUGAGGAUAUGAAGCAGGCUGCCAGAGACUUCUUUAGACAGCUGGAGCAGCAUGAGAGCGAGGCUGUGUCGUUAUGGCAACAGUUCAGAGAGAUCACAGUGGACGAGUAUCAGCACAUUUACAAGCGGUUAGGGGUCCACUUUGAUAUUUACUCCGGAGAGUCUUUUCACCAAGAUCAAGCCCAGGAGGUGGUGCAGCAGCUGCAGAGCCAAGGCCUGUUGAAAACCUCUGAGAAAGGAACGGGUGUAGUGGAUCUCUCCCCUGCUGGAGACAUGAGCAGCGUCUGCACGGUGCUCCGCAGUGACGGCACAACUCUCUACAUCACCAGAGAUCUUGCUGCAGCGAUUGACCGAAAAGCAAAGUACCAUUUUGAUGAGAUGAUUUAUGUGACGGAUAAAAGUCAGGAAAAUCACUUCCACCAGUUGUUCCACAUCCUACUCGCUAUGGGACAUUCUUGGGCUGACAGGUGUAAGCAUGUACCUUUCGGCCUGGUGCGGGGCAUGAAGACCCGGAGCGGUGAGGUGGUGUUUCUGGAGGACGUGCUGGACGAAGCUCGGGCCAGGAUGCUCCACAACAUGAGCCAAUCAAAAACAACAAAGGAAAUGGACAACACAGAGGACACAGCAGAGAAAGUUGGAAUCAGUGCCCUAAUAGUGCAGGACUUCAAAGGUCCCCUGCUGUCGGACUAUACGUUUGACUGGGACAGGAUGCUGCAGGCUCAGGGAGACACGGGAGUUUUCCUCCAGUACACACAUGCUCGACUCUGCAGUUUAAUAAGGAGAAAUGAAAGUGCCAAGGCAGCUAUAUUUGAUCCAUCCCUUCUAUUUGACAAGACGAGCAUCACCAUCCUGCAGCACCUUCUUCGCUAUGAUGAGGUGUUGUACCAGUCGGCCCAGGAUCUGCAGCCCAAACACCUGGUCAACUUUUUAUUGAAGCUGUGCCACCUGAUUGCUUCAGCACAUAGAGAGCUGCCAGUCAAAGGAAGCUCGCAGGUUGUUGCACAGGCAAGGUUACGACUGUUCAGUGGAGCCUGCUCAGUCCUGGCCAACGGGAUGAGGAUCCUGGGAAUCACACCAGUUGAUAAAAUGUAAAACUAAUUACUUUAUCAGUGUUUUUUUAACUGCUGUAGGUACCAUACUGCUUAAUUAAGUUGUACUGUAAAUAAAAAGCCAUUUUCAAAAUAAAUUCAUCAGAAGCAUUUGCUUUUCCUACAAUUGUCUCAGGUAUUUUCCACUCACAGAUCAUGAUUAAAACAAGUUAGGUUUUCAUAUAGGCUUGGGCCGGUAUAGGAUUCUGACGGUAUGAUAACUUUCAGCAAAAAUAUUACGUUUUCAAGGUAUUACGAUGACAGCUAUAAAUGUAUUAUUUUUUAAAUGUCCGGGUAAAAAACAACUUUUUUUUCCCCAUUGAACACAAUGUAUUUUAUUUUGAAACACACUGCACACUGGCAGGGAGAAGGAUUUCUGAACUGCACUUUCUGUCCUUGAAAACUCAUUAAAAAAAAAACAGCUCAUACCUUAGACACACCUUUUCAAACUGCAGAAUACCUUGAAACCACUAAACGGCCCAUUCCUAUUUUCAUAAUGACCGCGGUUUUCAUACUUUCAUUGUGGUCGACAGCUAGAAACAUGUCAAACUCGAAAGGUUUCUAUUGUGCAUUUUCAGGGGCGUAAAUGUCAGUAUCUUGAUAAUGACCGGCUGUGAAACUGGUUCACUGAAACUGGGAAUGUUAUCCAUGUUCGACUUGUUCUUAACGGGACCAAGUUGAAUCUUAACCUCUCACAGCUUCAACAAAAACUGAACAUUAUAACCUUUAUGAAGGUAGAAUAUACUACAGGUUGUAUUUGUUUUGGCUAUGUGUACCCACAUAAACUGGCAACUGAAUGUUCAUAACAUUGUGGGGUAAAAGACAGACUGAAGCUGCAUGUGUUACUCAGCUACGGUUGGAUAAUCACUGUUCGAGGGAAGAAUUGAAAAGUUCAUUGGUAGUAUUGCGUACAUGCGGAGCAUGUCACUUUUACCGUAUUUCCACUCAGUUUUAAUGGAAGUUUCA